AUGCAUCACUCCCUAGAAAAGGCGAGAGUAGGCAGCGGUGUGGCCGGCCUCUGCGCUAGCAUUGCAGCCGCCGAAAAUGGUGCUUCCGUUCUUCUCAUCGACCGCGCCCACGGGGGCGGUGCAACGGCCCUUUCAGGAGGUGUCGUCUACGCCGGUGGCGGCACUACGCAACAGAAGCAAGCCGGUAUCGACUACGACACCCCAGAGAAUAUGCUGGCCUACUUGCGCCUCGAGGUCGGCAACGCCGUCCGGGAAUCCACCCUGCGCCGGUUUUGCGACGAAUCCAUCUCCCGCAUGAACUGGCUCGAAGCCCACGGCGUCCGCUUCAGCCCCGCUCUAUGCCCUUACAAGACCAGCCUCACCACCGAUGAGCACUAUCUUUUUUACUCCGGCAACGAAACCGCCCAUCCUUUCUGCGAAGCCGCCCGCCCAGCCCCGCGUGGUCACCGCGUCCACCACCCUGGCUUUUCCGGCAUCGGCCUGGUCCGCAGUCUCACCGAAGCCGCCUUGCGCCUCGGCGUCCGCUUCCGCCCUGCCACCAAAGCCGCCACUGUCGUCCGCGAUCCAACCUCAGGCGCCGUCGUCGGCCUCGAGUGCCGGUCACUGGCCGCAGACCACCCGGCCUUCAACAAGCACCAGGCCCUCUGCCGCCGUGUCACCAAGUACCAACUAACCUUCCCCUUCAUCGCCGAACCAGCCCAGCGACGCGCCGACGCGCUAUGGGAGACGCGUGCCCAACCGGCUACUGUCACUCGCGCCCGGGCCGUCGUCCUCGCCGCCGGCGGUUUCGCCUUCAACACAGAGAUGCGCGAGAAGUACCUCCCCGAAUGGUCCCGCGUGGGCAGCCUCGGCACACCCGCCGACGACGGCUCCGGCAUUCUCUUAGGCCAGGCAGCGGGCGGCGCCGUCGCCCACCUCGAUCGAAUGUCGGCUUGGCGCUUCAUCUACCCGCCUACGGCGCUCGUCGAGGGCGUCGUCGUCGGACCGAACGGCACGCGCAUAGCCAGCGAGGACGUCUACGGCGCGAGACUCAGCGAGGCCAUGGUCCUCCAGCACGGCGGGAAGGGGUACGCCAUCCUCGACGCCUCUACCUGGUCCAAGGCGAAGCAGCAGCUGUGGACGCAGGUCCCCAUGCCCGUUCGCGUGCAGCGCGCUGUGUGGCUCUACUGGGCCUACAAGAAGGCCGACUCGGUAGAGGCAUUGGCGUCCAAGUUGGGCGUCGACCCGCAUGGCCUCCGUGGCACGGUCGACGCCUAUAAUUCCGCCAUCGCGGAGGGGAGACCCGACCCGCUGCACAAGCUGGAUGACUACCGCUCCCCCAUCUCCCGGGGCCCCUUUUACGGCAUCGACAUCUCCGUUGCUCCUCAUGGGGUCCACUUAACUCCCGGUCUCACGCUCGGGGGUCUGGCGGUCGACGAGGACACGGGCAUGGUGCUUGACGAUCAACAGAAGAAGCCCAUCACCGGAUUGUACGCCGCGGGACGUAACGCCGUGGGCUUGUGUUCCAAUGGAUACAUUAGUGGUUUGUCGCUUGCUGAUGGUGUAUUCUCGGGUAAACGAGCCGGUGAGCAUAUUGCGGCCAGAGUAGCCGGCAGCUGA